AUGUCCGGAAGCGACUUGACCGCGGAUGUCGAAAAGCAUCCCGUCAACAACUACUAUGAAGACAACUCCGGCACAGUUCCCGGCGAAACGUUUGAAUAUGGCGAUUCCUGGUACGCCAAAAUGCAGCGUUUUGCUGGCAAGCUCAACGUCGAACAGAGAGGUAUUGAGCGGGUGCCGGACAACGAGCGAACGGAUACGUCCUACUUGAACGUGGGAAGCAUGUGGCUCGCCGCCAACAUGGUCGUGACGUCGUUCGCUAUUGGCGUGCUCGGCCAAUCAGUCUUCCAAUGCGGUUUCGUCGACGGUAUCUUGACCGUUUUGUUCUUCAACUUGCUCGGUGUCUUGACCGUCUGCUUCUUCUCCAUCUUCGGCGCUCAAUUUGGUCUGCGCCAAAUGGUGGUCUCGCGUUUCUGGUUCGGCUGGUGGGGUGUCAAACUCAUCGCCGUCUUCAACGUCCUUGCUUGUAUUGGCUGGUCGUCUGCAAACUCGAUUGUCGGCGCCCAACUGAUCAACGCUGUCAACCAUGAUGUGCCUGGUGCUGCCGGAAUUGUCAUCAUUGCCAUCUGCACUCUAGUCAUCACCUUUUUCGGCUACAAGGUUGUUCACGCCUACGAAUUCUGGAGUUGGAUCCCUACCUUCAUCGUUUUCUUGAUCGUUUUGGGAGUGUUUGCUCAUUCCGGAGACUUCUACAAUAUCCCCAUGGGAGCUGGAAAGGCUGAAAUGGGCUCCGUCCUCUCGUUCGGCGCAACCGUCUACGGCUUCGCCACGGGCUGGACUAGCUAUGCAGCCGACUACACGGUCUAUCAACCCUCGAACCGCAGCCGAUUCUGGAUCUUCUUCUCGACUGCCAUCGGUCUGCUCUUCCCUCUGCUUUUCGUCGAGAUGCUCGGUGUCGCUGUCAUGACUGCCACUGAGAUCAACGGCGGUGACAACAAAUAUGCUGCUGGCUAUGCCGAGUCUGGUACUGGCGGUCUUUUGGGCGCUGUCCUCUUUGGACCCUUGGGUGGCUUUGGCAAGUUCUGCGUUGUUAUCCUGGCCUUGUCCAUCAUCGCCAACAACUGUCCCAACAUCUACUCCGUCGCUCUUACACUUAUGGUUUUGGCCCGCUGGACUCGCAAAGUCCCCCGAUUCAUCUACGUUAUCAUCGCUACCGGAGUAUAUAUCGCCAUCGCGAUUCCAGGCUACUCCCACUACGAAACCGUCCUGACGAAUUUCAUGGACUUUAUCGGCUACUGGCUCGCCAUCUACGAAGGUAUCGCCCUCACCGACCACUUUGUCUUCAAGCGCGGUUUUGGCGGAUACAAUCCCGACAUCUACGAUCAACCAGAUAAGCUUCCCCCCGGUAUCGCUGCCGUUUUCGCUUUUUGCUGCGGUAUUGCCGGUAUGGUUACUGGUAUGAGUCAGACUUGGUGGGUGGGACCUAUUGCUCUUUAUGCCGGCGAAGCUCCGUUUGGUGGAGACGUUGGAUUUGAAUUGGGCUUUGCUUUUGCUGCGUUUGCAUAUUUGAUUACUCGUCCUAUUGAGAUGAGGGUUUUUGGACGAUAGAUAAAUUUAUAUAAUGAGGAUUUGAUAGUUAGUUAAUAUAUGUUAUGACAUUUAUAAGG